CUGAGUUCCCACGCAUUGUGGAGGUCCGCUGUGCCUCUAGCAACAGACUACUCCUCCAAGGAGAAGAAAAAGAGAGAGAGAGAGAGAGAGAGAGAGAGAGAAAAGCACACGGGUUUUGGUGACAGGCACCAUGCGCAAUGACUGACUCUGUGGUGGGAUCCAAGCGCCGCGCAGAAAUUUAGUCCGCAUCAUUCCCUGACAGCUCCCGGAGAGAGGAGGAGAGCAGGGCUGGAUUCUCAGACUCUGAUAGCGCAGCAUGACGGACACGGUGAUGAGCAGCAGCUCGGAUCGCUGGGUGUCCAACGACAGGCAGAGGAGCAUGCAUGCUGGUGAUAAAGAGCAGGGUAACUGGACCAUGCAGCCAGGCCCAGGUCCUGGUCCAGACCUGACAGAUGAAGAGAAAGAGAUUAUAAACAGUGUGAUCGCCCGUGCCGAGAAAAUGGAGGCCAUGGAGCAGGAGAGAAUUGGGCGUUUGAUAAACCGCCUGGACGACAUGAAGAAGACUGUGUGCGGGGAUGGAAUGUCCCGCUGUUUGCUGUGUGGGGAGCAGCUGGGCUCACCUGGGGUCAGCUCAGUGGUGUGUGAGGACUGCAAAAAGAACAUGUGUACCAAGUGUGGUACGCAGUGUAGCAGUCGGCCCCGUGCUGUGUGGCUAUGCAAGAUCUGCAGAGAACAGCGAGAGGUGUGGAAGAGGUCUGGUGCCUGGUUCUUUAAAGGUUUUCCGAAGCAUUUCCUGCCGUCGCCCAUGCCAUUAACUAAAACAAAAGAGACAGGUGCCCAGGAGGCAGCAGAGCCCCAGGGGCCCCCAGCCUCUGGGCACAGGGAGGCGGUAACCCAGCCACAACCACAAGAGCCACAGGGCCGUGCUGGUUACCCACCUGUGGCCCCGAAACCAUCAGUUGGGCGCAUGGCCACGGGCGGGGCUGGCCCUGAAGAGGCGGGGCAGGGCAGCCCAGUGGUGAUGAAGAAGAUGGUGCCCGUCCAGAGCUCCAGACCACAGCCUGCUGCAUCGACCACACUGGCCCAUCAGGGUCCAGCAGCAGGAGAUGGAGGGGCUUACUCCUCUGGUGCAGUUCCUUCAGAGCAGAGAGCGCCUCCCGCAGUAAGAGAGGACAGGAGGCAGCCCGCUGCCUACAGUGCUCCUCCCGCCCGACAGCAACCUCCCCCAGCUGAGGAGGAGGAGGAAACCAACGACUAUGACUCUGAUGAAGCCACCACUCUGGGCUCUCUAGAGUUCAGUCUGCAUUAUGAACAGGAAAGCAACAGCCUCCACUGUAGCAUCCUCAAAGCAAAGGGACUGAAGCCCAUGGACUCAAAUGGACUGGCAGAUCCUUAUGUCAAGCUUCAUCUGCUGCCAGGGGCUAGUAAGUCUAACAAGCUGCGCACAAAGACCCUGAGAAACACCCGCAACCCUGCGUGGAAUGAGACACUCACCUACCACGGCCUGACAGAUGAGGACAUGCAGCGUAAGACCCUCAGGCUGUCUGUCUGUGAUGAAGAUAAGUUCGGGCAUAAUGAGUUUAUUGGGGAAACCCGAGUGGCGCUGAAGAAAUUGAAGAUGAACCAGAAGAAAAACUUCAACGUGUGCCUCGAGAGGGUUGUCCCUACGAAGAGAACUGCAACAGCUGGUGGAGCCAGGGGCAUCGCUCUCUACGAAGAUGAGCCAGGGAAAGAAGGCGGGGAGGUGGAGGAGCGCGGCCGCAUUCUGAUGUCGCUCAUGUACAACACCCAGACGAACCGUCUCGUUGUGGGCGUCGUGCGCUGCGUUCACCUGGCUGCCAUGGAUGCUAAUGGCUACUCUGACCCAUAUGUCAAAAUAUGUCUGAAACCUGACAUGGGGAAGAAGGCCAAGUGCAAAACACAAAUCAAGAAGAGGACUUUAAACCCAGAGUUUAAUGAGGAAUUCAGCUAUGACAUCAAACACAGUGAACUGGCCAAGAAGACCUUAGAUAUCUCUGUGUGGGAUUACGAUAUCGGGAAGUCCAACGACUACAUCGGUGGGUGUCAGCUGGGUAUCACUGCCAAAGGAGAGCGGCUGAAGCACUGGUAUGAGUGCUUGAAGAACAAGGACAAGAAGAUUGAGCGCUGGCACACCUUGUAUAACGAGAAUCACGUUGCUAGUGAUUAACCACUCCCCCGUGCAGCAUGAGUUAAAACCCCCCCUUCAGACUUGGUUUGCAUUCAUCUCCUAAUGCACCCCCCCCAUUUUAUUGUUUUAUCUAUACUUUAUCACACAGACUUACUCACCUCCUUUCCCCUGAUGUAGUUUUUGUAGUAUAUCUCUUCUUUCCUGUCCUCUUAUUAACAAUUUCUCUGCCUGUGCUGACACUUAAUCUGCCUCUGGGACAAAUCAUGGCCUAAACGAAUUAGAGAUUUUACUAGACAUCUGUCAACAAACAGAUGCACAAGGACCAUUAUGCCUGUCAGUGGUGUUAUGUAGUGUGCUUAACAUUCUUUGCUAGAGAAAAUGAAGUUUGAAUUGCACUGGCACAGGACGAGAAAAGCAAUAUGUUACGGCAUCUGAGGUCAAAACUAUCGUUAAAAUCCUCGACGGAGCUCAUGCCUGAAAUUCAUUAGACUGUCAGGGUAUUUUAGUUUUAUUUUCUCGUGUGAUUACAUCAUGCUGUAGUGUAACACUUGAACUGUAUAAGCAUGCCAAGCCACAGACAGAAGAAAACACGCAGCUGCGCCUUCAAAUAUUUCAACUGUGCCCACUGUCCUGAACAUAUUGUAUAUUUCCAUGAAGAAAUGUUUACAUACUGAUACAUUGCUCAGGUUAGGAUAGACAUCUGAUGUGCAGAUGAUUCAUAAGUCAGUGGACCAUGAGCUAGAUGAAUCUUUCAACAGUUAAGUAAUGUUAAUUUGUGAUUUAAAAUUAUAGCACACCUAGUUAAACAUUAGGAGUUUUUAUGUAUGGAUAGUUAAGCUGUGAAUUUUGAUUUGUGGGAAGUAUUAACUGUGAUUAGAGAAACAGAACUUUUUGUUAGUUACGGUGAGAAUUGGCAGGAAAAAAGGGUUUUUCCUCCUGCUACCUCGACUCUUCUGAAGCUUGUGGUUCACUCUGACACCUCAGAGGUUUUCUAGUGUUUACACUGAACGCACAUGGCCAGGUCUCUUGCAGGCCCCCCGAACAAAAUGUGGCUGCUCCACUUAACAAGGAGAGAAGGUGGAACAGCUUAUGUCAUAAGUAUGUGCAGCUUUACCUGCAUGCACUGUGCUCGUGACUCUGGUGUGCCUGGGGCAGUCGUGGCCCGCUUUUACCCCAACGCACCCUUUGCACAAAGCAGGGCUCUUUCCCCUCUGCCACACCCCAAUCAUUCAAGGCUUUAGUGUGUGUUUGUUCACUAAUCACAGCAAACCAAGGAAAGCACACCUUACAAAGUGGAAUGACCUCAAUUUAUACAGCUGUUUGCAAGUUAUUCCAAUGUCAAAACAAAGACGAAAACAAAAAAUCCUAUGCAUGAAAUGUCUUGUGGUUCAAGAUAUAUAUACUUUGUAAGAAAUUAAUGCUAUUGUAAUUCCAUUAAUGUUUACACUUCUUCCCCAUAACAUUCCUGUUAAUACUUUAUAUACAAGAGGCCAUAUUCUGCAUGACUAUGGCGGCUAUGUAAUCUGAAUAAUCUGGUCUGAUAGCAUCCACAGGAUAAACUGAUAAUCAACUGAGCACAUCAACAAAAAACUAUUCAACUCUAUCAGUAGCAGAUAUUGAGAUAAAUCUUUCUGUACAUACGCAUUCAAAUCAGUGAUUCAGACACCCACCUGUAGCAUCACACACUAUCCUAUGUUGUGGUAUUUCAGCUACAGCGAUCACUAGAUGAUGAUCAACAUGAAUUAUAAUCAAUAGGGUUCUUUUUUUUUUCUCAAAACAGGCUUCUCUGAGCUAAACCCAUAGCUGUCUUCUACUUGAUUCUGCCAGUUCAGUGGAAUGUUUCUUGGUUUAUCUCUGUAUUUGUACAUAGAUAGUGCAUGCACUGGAAAUAUGUAUGUUUGCAAAUAACUUUGCAUGUAAAGAUUUUGCAGAGAGU